CCGACUCUCCUUCGUCCCCUUCGACUCCGCCACCGAUUCCCUCAACUCGCCCGAGUUCGCCUUCUCUGACUCAGCAACCGGCGCUUCCUUCACCACCGAAUCGGAACUCUCCCCGAAUCAUGUCGAUUUCAUCUUCAUACCCAACGGCACUGCCGUUAGGUAUGAAGAUGUCUUUCAUCCCCACCGAUUCACAACUCAUCAGGAAGAGCCCUGGGAAAUCUGGGACAGAUAUCUAGGGUUUCUAAAUCAAUACAACCCAGAUGAACUCUACUUCUUCAUGCCUUCGCUGAAGAAAUUGAGCCGGUCUAAUGGUGGUUCAAGGAUCAGCCGAACAAUUGGCGGUGGUAGUUGGACUCAGAAGGAGCCAAUCAAGUUUGUGUGCGACGAGGGCAGAUCAAUUGGGGUGAAGAGAAAGCUUAGAUAUCACAACCAAGGGUCAGAUCAACAUGUGCAGUGGUGUUUGGAUGAGUAUACUAGUGUUGAGGUUGCUAAUUCAUGUGCAAUUUUCCGGCUCCGGAAAAACGAGCGACAAUACAAAUCACUGUGUGGUAUUUGUGUGGAAGACUUCUUUCAGCCUCUACCAUUAGGAAGAGCCUUGGGAAAUUUGGGACAGGUAUUCAUCGGUUAAAAACCACCCAGAUCUCCUCUACUUUUUCACAUCGUCACUGGGCUCCAAGGGGAGGGUUUGUAAUUUUGGUCGAAGAGUUGGGUCUGGUACAUGGAACCAAAAGGAGGCUGCCAAAUUGGUGUAUGAUGAUGAAGGCGAAAGAAAGCCGAUUGGGAGAAAGAGGAAACUCAGAUAUGUUAACCAAGGCUCUGUGCAUCAUGGGGAGUGGUAUUUGGAAGAGUACACAAGCCUUGUUGAUGAGGGUGCAAUUUUGCUUCUUCGAAAAACGAGCGGUACAAAGCACCGGCUUCAUCAGGAAUUCCAAGUGAAAAGAAGAGGAAACACAGAGAAAUUGAUCGACUGGAGGAGAAGAAGCCUAGAAAGAAAAAAGCUUCCAGACAACUAGUAAUGCAGGACUCGGAUUUACUUGAUACCAGUCCCAGUCCCACAGUGCCUAUUCAACAACAAGAACCUCACAGUGGUGGUGAUGAUAAUUUCGUCUUCUUCAAGGAUUUUGAUAUUGGAACAUGGGAGUUUCCUUCUCUGGAUGAUUUUGUCAUGGCUUGUCCUCCUCCACUUACGGAUUGCUAUCAAGAAGCAUUAGCAACACUUGAGUUUCCUUCUCUCGAUGAAUUUGUCAUGGCUUGUCCUCCUUCACUUAUGAAUUUGUUAUGAAAUUGUAUGAAUUUGUUAUAAUACAUUAUUAUUAUAUUGUAUGAAAUUAUAUUACAAUUUGUUAUGAAAUUGUAGGCAUUCAGUUUGAGCUAA